AUGAAUCGCCCGCCUAAUGGCUCUGCCAACGACGAAACUAGUUCUCCGGAAAUACAGCAUGCCUCUGGAGUUGGCUGGAGCAUACCCGGGCUCGGUGGCUUGAGAAGGACAAGCAGUGAAGACCAACAUGGGGUUCGACAGAGGAGCAGGAGUGUUUCUCGUCUACAGAGAGCCUCGCUAGCCAGGCCCAUACAUGCCAAACUAACCUUUCCGGAUGAAGGAGAAAAGCAGAUUCAGAAUGAUGGGAACGAGGCUCAGAAGCUGGGGUCCUUCUCUGGCGUUUUUGUCCCGACGACACUAAACGUCCUGAGUAUUCUCAUGUUCCUUCGUUUCGGCUUUCUUCUAGGUCAGAGUGGUAUUCUGGGUAUGAUGGGUAUGCUUGUUAUAUCAUACGCUAUCAAUCUGAUUACUACCAUGUCAAUUUCAGCCAUUGCAACGAACGGAACUGUUAGAGGAGGAGGCGCCUACUAUCUCAUCAGCCGUUCCCUAGGCACCGAGUUUGGUGGCUCAAUUGCACAAUUUGGCGUCAUUUCCGGUAGCAAGUCCAAUGUUCUCUACGAAGGUUUUUGGUGGGAGUACCUUUGGGCAACGAUCAUUCUCGUCCUCUGUACGGCUAUUUGCCUAGCAGGGAGCUCGGUCUUUUCCCGCGCAAGUAAUGGACUGCUCGUUAUUCUCUUGGUGUCAACGUUUAGCAUACCGUUAUCAGCGUGUAUCAAGCAGCCAUUUAAAAACGAACGCCUAGGGAUUGAAUUUACCGGUUUUAGCAGCACUUCAUUCUUCGAUAAUAUAUACCCACACCUUACAAAAGGUGCAGCGGGAAGUCAACUCAAAAAACGAGAAACCUUCCAAGAUCUGUUUGGGAUCCUCUUCCCUGCCACAUCUGGCAUAUUUGCCGGGACAAGCAUGUCUGGCGACCUCAAGAAUCCAAGCAGAUCCAUCCCGAAAGGAACUCUUUAUGGUCUUGCACUUACAUUCGCUACCUAUACGGUCGUUAUUUUUACUCUGGCAGCGAGUGUCACAAGAGAGUCGUUAUAUAAAGAUGUCAAUAUCAUACAGGAUACAAGCAUCUCAGGUUCCCUUAUUGUUCUGGGAGAGUUUUCAACAUCAUUUUUCUCCUCUCUUAUGGGCAUCAUCGGUGCUGCAAAGGUACUCCAGGCCAUCUCGAGGGAUGCCCUACUACCUGGCUUGUCAAUUUUUGCAAAAGGAACAAAGAAGAACGAUGAUCCCAUUAGUUCUAUCCUGAUUACCUUCAUAAUAGCACAGAUAACAAUAUUUUUCGAUAUCAACCAGAUCGCCUCUUUCGUCUCGAUGGCAUACUUGAUGACCUUUCUGGUCACGAAUCUAGCUUGCUUCUUGCUAAAGAUUGGAUCGGCCCCGAACUUUAGGCCGUCAUUUCAUUACUUCAAUUCGACAACUGCUUUUGUCGGUACCGUUAUCAGUGGAGCUAGCAUGUUCUUUACUGAUGGGGUAUACGCCACCGGGUGUGUUUGUGUAUUGGUGACCCUCUUCCUUCUAAUCCACUACAUGGCUCCUCCAAAGACGUGGGGAGAUGUCAGCCAAAGCCUCAUCUAUCACCAGGUCCGCAAAUACCUACUUCGACUUCGACCCGAGCAUGUCAAAUUCUGGAGACCACAAAUCCUUCUCUUUGUCAACGACUUCGAAUCACAAUAUAAGAUGAUCCAUUUUUGCAACUCGUUGAAAAAGGGCGGCCUGUUCGUUCUUGGCCGUGUUCUGGUUACCGAUGAUUUUGCAACAGCUGUUCCAGUUGUCAGGAAGGAACAGACUGCCUGGAAUAAAUUUAUUGAAUAUUCAAAGGUGAAGGCCUUUAUCAACAUAACAGCGGCUCCUAAUAUGGAAUGGGGAAUCAGGAACAUUGCUUUAAGUGCUGGACUCGGAGGGAUGCGGCCCAAUGUUGUUGUAAUAGACCAAUUUCGCAAAGAGAAACCCGACAUUUCAUUCGAACUUGGAAUUCCAUUGAGACGGUCAACGAGGAGUAUCUCAGUCGUCAGUGAAGGCGAAAGAGACCACAUCCGAAAGAGCAGAACGGAUUUGUUUGAGAGACAUUCACCAGUGGGUAUUCAGAGCUACUUGACAGUCCUGGAGGACCUGCUAUUCCAGUUACGCAUCAAUGUUGCGGUUGCGAGAGGAUUUGAGAAUCUCGAGCUGCCAGGGACCAAUGAUGGAGAUUUACCGAUCAAAUUCAUUGAUUUGUGGCCGAUUCAAAUGUCCGGAGAAAUAUCGUCGGAUGGAGGACGGACCCGUCCCAACUAUCUCACGACCAAUUUUGACACAUAUACGUUAAUCUUACAGCUUGGCUGCAUUCUCAACACUGUUCCGUCCUGGAAACAUUCAUGCCGGUUGCGAGUGGCGGUGUUUGUAGAAUAUGAGACAGACGUUGAAGAAGAGCGGAAAAGAGUGAUGACUCUACUCGAGAGGCUUCGGAUCAGUGCAGAAGUGUUGGUGUUUUGGCUCGCGAGCGGAGAUUUACAAACCUACCGCGUAAUUGUGAAUGGGGAUAGAAGUAAUGUGGAUAAGGCCAUGCUCGACUCGGUCGAAAAGGCGUUGGAAGACGAGGAUUGGUGGCAGGAGCUUGGGCGGUACAGGGCCGUUUCAGAGGAGGCUCGGAGCAGAUCAACCAAGUCACAGAGACACACUCCAACAGGGUCUGGUACCACAACACCCCGUGAAGGAGGGAGACGACGCGCUGGGCUGGAAGGCCUGAAGAGAGUCAUUGAGUCGUCUCGGAGGAGGUCAAUUGGGCCUGGAGUCAGCCUCGGGAUGCAGACCCAUCGACUGCUGGAUUCCAUGGUAGAGUACAACUCUGACGGAAACGACGAUGACGAGUCAUCUUCAGAAGAGAGCGAUAUCGACCCGUAUCUGAGCGAGAGCGAGGGAGAGAAUGAAGGAGAGGGCGAAGACGAAAACGAGCCGAUGGCGGCCUCUGAAACCCCAACGGUCAAGGAACCUGAGACUUCGGACACCCCGUCCCCUCGCGCCGUGUUCACAAAGAAAGGCCGCGUUGCAUCGAGCGCCAAAUUCUCGUCUGCCCCCAUACCAGCGACGAAGGUGGUAACUGAAGAAGGGACAGGGCCCUCGAUCAUGUUCGCUGAUUCAUCGCCUCCCCGCCGCGGAAGUGCGACGCCAGGCUUUGAAUCCAUCUACACCCGAAAUGGCGGUGCAUCCGGCCAGCCGUCCACUAUUCCAGCCGAAGGCGAUCUGGAAGCCCAACCACGAGCAUCCGGAUACCCCUUCCAGGCCGCGGUCCCUCUCUCGUUCAACGACCUUCCCGGCCGGGCCCAGCACCUGAUACUGAACGAGCUGAUCAAAUCGCAGAGCAAGGAAACGGCCGUGGUGUUCACCACCCUGCCGACCCCUGUCGAAGGCGUCUCACACGACAAGGCCUCCUGUGAAGCGUACGUCGACGACCUCGAAGUGCUCUGCGACGGCCUUCCGCCGUGUCUGCUCGUCCACAGCAACAGCGUCACCGUGACGAUGAACCUAUGA